GCAAAAGCUUCUGAAGUCCAUAGCCAAAUUUCAUUCACUUUAACACUUUUCAAUGGUAACACUGCAACAACCAUCACCCUUCAAACUCCAACCUUCCCUCCAACUUCAAAUCCCAUUUUUCCCAUUUCCAUCAAAUUUCGCUAAUUGUCAAACUAAAAUCACCAAUGUUUCGAUAUCUUGUCUGAAAAUACCCUGUAAUUCUCAUAAUUUCAAUGGAGCAAGAAUAAGAAGUUCAGUGCCCUUAACGAAUGAAAUUCCCCCAAAUGCCCUUCGUAGGAAGGAGGACCCACUUUGGAGGUGUGGCUUUAGCUUAGGGGUUGAUUUGGGAUUGUCUCAUACUGGUCUUGCCCUUAGCAAAGGCUUCUCUUUUCGCCCCUUAACUGUGUUGAAUUUGAGAGGAGAGAAGCUUGAGCUUAGUCUUAUUGAUAUUGCAGAAAAGGAGGAAGUAGAUGAAUUUAUAGUAGGGUUGCCUAAGUCAAGUGAUGGGAAGGAGACCCCUCAAUCCAAUAAAGUUCGUAGUGUUGCAGGAAGACUAGCAGUUAGGGCUGCUGAGAGAGGCUGGAGGGUAUAUUUACAGGAUGAAUAUGGCACAUCAGUCGAAGCAAUGGAUCGAAUGAUCAAUACGGGUGUCAACAAGUCUGCACGUCAUGGAAAAAUCGAUGCCUAUGCUGCAAUGAUGGUGCUGGAAAGAUAUUUCUCAAAGUCUGGUGAAGAAACUGAACUUGUAUGGCCAAAACAGGUGGAAUUACAAGAAAAGAUUCGAAAGGGUCCGCCAGAAGAUGAUGAUUUCUUCUCUUGAAUGAUAGCAUAUCAUGAAGGCUAACCAAUUUGACGAGCAGACUCAUACAGUCAUACCCACCACCAUCUGUGUUGAAGUCGGAGAGGAGAAGAGAGAUCUAUCCAGAAAUUCAGGUUCAUUGGUUCUGAUUAUUUUUCAGCAAUGAAGGAUGCAUAUUUUGCCUCAGCCUUCUUUUGUAUUCUUCCAUAGAGCACAAGGUUAUAAGUUCGCGCCUUAGCUUUCUUUAAAGCAUUUCAUGAUACAGUUAGCUCUUUAUUUCUAGUGACAAAAGCUGAUACUUCAUCAUAAGUAAGUUCACAUGAUCAAUGUAUGUAAUUAACAAGGUUUUGCUGUUAAUAACUUAAUAUUCCAUGUUACACAUCC